UCUACAACAAUGAACCCGUUCAUAGAUUCCAAUAUUUUUGUUCGCAUGGCGCAAGACAUGGAAGAUGAAGACCAUGACCUCGAGGUUGCGACGUACCAACAUCGUAGGCGUCGUGCACUUAACGAGCGUCGGUAUGCUGGUUCCAUUCCCGGGCGUGUUCGCAUCCAUCGUGACCAUAUCAGCGGUGAUGCAAGAAUCCGAGCCGACUACUUUUGCGCGCAACCGGUGUACACGGAUGCACAAUUUCGGAGGAGGUUUCGCAUGCGUCGUCAUGUGUUCGAGCGGCUCGUUCUUGCGGUGCAACAAGUGGAUCCCUACUUCGUUCAACGUCCAAACUGUGCCGGUGAGCUUGGUCUAUCUGCCCUUCAGAAAGUUGUUGCUGCCGUACGUAUACUUGCAUAUGGUGUUCCUGCGGAUGCCGUUGACGAAUACGUACGCAUUGGUGAAUCUACGGCACAUGAGGCUUUGAAACACUUUUGCACCGCCAUCCAAACCGCUUUUGGGGGGUACUAUCUCAGGAAACCAACUCCUGCUGAUAUCGCUAGGCUUCUCCAAGUUGGAGAGGCACGCGGCUUCCCCGGUAUGCUAGGUAGUGUCGAUUGCAUGCAUUGGGAGUGGCGUAACUGCCCAACUGCAUGGAAGGGGAUGUUUACUGGUCGGGGUAAACACCCUACAAUGAUCCUCGAAGCUGUUGCCUCAUAUGACCUAUGGAUUUGGCAUGCAUACUUUGGCAUGCCCGGUAGCUGUAACGACAUCAAUGUUCUUCAACGUUCUAACCUGUUUGAUUCGCAUCUUACCGGUGAUAGUCCACCAGUCACUUUCUCUGUCAAUGGACACACGUACAACAUGGGAUAUUACCUAGCAGAUGGUAUUUAUCCGGACUGGCCAGCGUUUGUGAAGACAAUCCGUCACCCGUAUGAUGUCAGGACACAACACUUUGCCACUAUUCAAGAGUCCGCUAGAAAAGACAUUGAAAGAACAUUUGGAGUACUACAGAAGCGAUGGGCCAUAGUUCGUGGUCCUGCAUAUGGUUGGUCUCCACAACACAUUGGAGAUAUAAUGAAAACUUGCAUCAUCUUGCACAACAUGAUCGUAGAAGAUGAAGGUCCUUCGUCUUUGAACACAAGCUUCGACAACAUCGGAGUUUUGGCCGACACUUCUCAUGGUUCCAUGUCCGAGCGCAAUGAGUUCAUAAACAAUAGGUACGACCAACUACAUGAUGCAGUUAAAUAUAAUCAGUUGCAGGUUGAUCUAAUCCACCACCACUGGGCGCGGCUUGGAUCGGGAGCUACUUAAGUAUGUAGUUUAUGUUAGUACCAUCAAUAAAAUGUCGUAGUGUCAUGUGUAAUGUCGUAUGUUCUGUUUGUCUGAAGCUAGUAUGCAGUAAUGUCGUUGGUUAUGUUUGUCCCAAGCUAUUUUGUGUAAUGGUGGUUUGCAAGUACUGCAAUAUGAUGAAGCUAGUCUACUAUUAUUA